UCAUGAUAUUCUGCGAUUGCAGUGCAUGUGAGACUCGAGAGCUGAAAUUGCGGUAGGCCUAAGGUUUCUUUUUUGGAGGGAUGAUCUCACACUGACUGAUAUAAAGAUACAACCAUGGGUCUUGGCGACUUUAUAGCGAUGUUGAAAGAAAACCCCUACUUUGGGGCGGGUUUUGGACUUGUCGGGGUCGGAGCUCUCCUGACCAUCUCGAAGAAGGGUCUUCAGUACGGGAGCAUUGCGGCACGGCGCCAUCUGUUGAUGACCCUGGAGGUCCCAAGCAAGGAUAAGAGCUACCAUUGGUUGUUACAGUGGAUCACAACGACCGCACGGCAUACGCAGCAUCUCAGCGUGGAGACGACAUUCACACAGAGCGAGAGCGGAAAGAUUGAUACCCAGUUUGACUUUGUCCCCAGCCCCGGCAACCAUUAUUUGAGAUAUAAAAACACCUGGAUCUUUGUUGAGAGGAACAGAGAGAAGCAGAUGGUUGACCUCCAUACUGGUACUCCCUGGGAGACGGUCACUCUGACAGCGAUCGGACGAAACAAGGAACUUUUCUAUGAGAUACUCAAUCAAGCUCGAGAGAUGGCGCUGCAGAAGCAGGAGGGUAAGACCAUCAUGUACACAGCCAUGGGCGCAGAGUGGAGGCAGUUCGGUUACCCUAGGAAGCGGAGACCCAUCGAUUCGGUUAUCCUGGACCGAGGAAUCACGGAUACGAUCAUCAAGGACGUCAAGGAGUUCAUCAACUAUCCACAGUGGUACUUUGAUAGAGGUAUUCCAUACAGGAGAGGGUAUCUUCUAUAUGGACCACCUGGGUGUGGAAAGAGUAGCUUUAUAAUGGCCUUAGCAGGAGAGUUGCAAUACAGUAUAUGCAUGAUGAACCUUAGCGAGCGUAGCCUGUCCGACGACCGUCUCAAUCACCUCAUGAACGUCGCCCCUCAGCAGAGUAUCAUUCUCUUGGAGGACAUUGAUGCUGCCUUCGUUAGUCGGGAGAAGGAAGAGGAUCCUCGUUACCAAGGCAUGAGCAGGGUCACACUGAGUGGUCUUCUCAACACGUUGGAUGGUGUCGCAUCGACAGAAGCUAGAAUAGUAUUCAUGACGACCAACUAUAUUGACAGAUUGGAUCCAGCUCUGAUUCGCCCAGGCCGUGUGGACUACAAGCAGCUCAUAGGCCACGCCAGCAAGCACCAGCUAGUCCAAAUGUACCAUCGCUUCUACCCCGAGCUAGGACCAGAAGCGGCAGAAAACUUUGCCAACAAGGCACUGUCCUUCAACAAACCAAUCAGUGUUGCCGCCGUACAGGGCUUCUUUAUGUUGUAUAAGAACGAUGGACUUUCUGUUAUAGAGAAUAUUGAAGCACUCUGGCAAAGGUGAUGAAGGCUUUGUCUUGGUUUAUCUUCUAGAAAAUUAUAUUACUAGCUUUGGUAACACCCUGAACCACUGAAGAUGCUGUCUUUCAAGAAACGGAUCACUGUUGCAACAGUUCAGGGCUUCUUUAUCAAUGAUGGACUUGCUGUCAUAGAGGAUAUGGAAGCACUCUGGCAAAGGUGAUGAACGCUUUGUCUCGGUUUAUCUUUUAGAAAUUAUAUUGCCAGAAACCAAUGUUUUAGUAACGUCCUGAACCACUGAAGAUGCCGUCUUUCGAGAAACAGAUCGCUGUUGCAACAGUUCAGGGCUUCUUUAUAGUGUAUAAGAAUGAUGGACUUGCAAUUAUAGACAAUAUUGAAACUUUGGCAAUAGUGGUGAAGGCUUAAACCCUGAAGGACCUACUUUGCCAGAAACCGUCCUUCAGUGACUCCAUGAACUACACAAGGUGCUAACGGUCAAGGAACUGAUCAGUGUUGACACAGUGCAGGGUUUCUUCAUGUUUUUCAAGAACGAUGGAUAAUGAUGGUUACUUGAACAGUAAUGAUAAUAAUAAUAAUAUUAUUGGAUUCUUAUAGCCCACGUAUCGACCUUGCAAGGUCCUCAA